AGGCUCAGUCUGAGGAGGAGAUGUGAACGUGUGACUGAAGGAACUGGUGAAAGUGAAACCCUCCUCAACAGGAUCUUCACUGAGCUCUACAUCACACAAGGCCAGAGUGAAGAGGUUAAUACCCAACAUGAGGUGUGGCAGCUGGAGACAGCUUCCAAGAAAGAGACCCUCCAUUACUCUCCAAUCAAGUGCCAGGACAUCUUUAAAGCCUUACCUGACCAACAGAAUCUCAUCAGAACGGUCCUGACCAACGGAGUCGCUGGAGUUGGAAAAACCUUCUCAGUGCAGAAGUUCACUCUGGACUGGGCCGAGCGUUUGGAAAACCAAGAUGUCAGUCUGGUGAUCCCGCUCUCCUUCAGGGAGCUGAACCUGAUCAAAGGUGAGCAGUACAGUCUUCUCAGGCUGCUCCAUGUUUUCCAUCCGACCUUACAGAAGGUCACAGCAGAGCAGCUGGCUGUCUGCAAAGUGCUGCUCAUCUUUGACGGCCUGGAUGAAAGCAGACUUUCUCUGGACUUCAGAAACAAUGAGGUUGUGUCUGAUGUCUCUCAGCAGUCCUCAGUCAACGUGCUGCUGACAAACCUCAUCAGGGGGGAGCUGCUUCCCUCGGCUCUCGUCUGGAUAACUUCCAGACCUGCAGCGGCCAAUCAGAUCCCUCCUGAGUGUGUGGACAGGGUAACAGAAGUACGAGGCUUCACUGACGCCCAGAAGGAGGAGUACUUCAGGAGGAGAUGGAGUGAUGAAGACCUGUCCAGCAGAAUCAUCUCUCACAUCAAGAGCUCCAGGAGCCUCCACAUCAUGUGUCUGAUCCCAGUCUUCUGCUGGAUCACUGCUGCAGUUCUGGACCACAUGUGGACUACAGACCAGAGAGGAGAGCUGCCCAAGACCCUCACUGACAUGUACUCACACUUCCUGCUGGUCCAGACCAAGAGGAAGAAGCAGAAGUAUGAAGAGGGACAUGAGACGAGUCCACAGCAGCUGACGGAGGCUGACAGGGAGCUUCUACUGAAGCUGGGGAGGCUGGCGUUUGAACAUCUGGAGAAAAGAAACAUCAUGUUCUACCAAGAAGACCUGGAGCGCUGUGGUCUUGGUGUCACCGAGGCCUUGGUGCACUCAGGAGUUUGUACACAGAUUUUCAAAAGAGAGAGUGUGAUAUUCCAGAAAACAGUCUACUGCUUUGUUCAUCUGAGCAUUCAGGAGUUUCUGGCUGCAGUCUACAUGUUGCACUGUUACACCAACAGAGACACAGCGGUACUGAAGGACUUCCUGAAGAGAGACUUGGACGAUGGCAACAGUGAUAGCAGUGAUGAUGAUGAUGAUGAUCACCCAUCCCUGCAGAGUGACUAUAACAACAUGUUUAACAGUGAUCAGGAUUACCCAUCCCUGGAUGUCUUCCUAAAGAGUGCCAUGAUGAAAUCCCUCAAAAGCAGAAAUGGCCACCUGGACCUGUUUGUCCGCUUUCUCCACGGCCUCUCUCUGGAGUCCAACCAGAGACUCUUAGGAGGCCUGCUGGGUCGCACAGACAACAGACCAGAAAUCAUCCAGAGAGCCAUCAGCAACCUGAAGAAGAUGAGAAGUGAUGAAGUCUCUGAUGAAGACAGGAGCAUCAACAUAUUCCACUGUCUGACAGAGAUGAAGGACCACUCAGUACAUCAGGAGAUCACAGAGUUCCUGAAGUCAGAGAACAGAUCAGAGAAGAGACUCUCUGUGACACACUGCUCAGCUCUGGCCUACAUGCUGCAGAUGUCAGAGGAGGUUCUGGAUGAGUUGGACCUGGAGAAGUCCAAAACAUCAGAGGAGAGACGACGGAGACUGAUUCCAGCUGUGAGGAACUGCAGGAACGCUGUAAUUCCUGCCAGUGGAUUCUUAGACUGGGAAGUCGUGGCCUCAGCUCUGAAGUCCGACCCCUCCGAUCUGAGAGAGCUGGUGGUGAAAGUAGAGCUGCAGGAUUCAGAGGUGGAGCAGCUGAGUUCUGGACUAAAGAGUCCAAACUGUAGACUGAAGACUCUGAGUCUGGAGUACUGCAGCUUGUCAGAGAUCAGCUGUUCUGCUCUGAUCUCAGCUCUGAAGUACAACAUCCAUCUGAGAGAUCUGGACCUGAGUUUCAACGCUCUGAAGGAUUCAGGAGUGGAGCUGCUGAGAGAUCUUCUGGAGAGCCCAGACUGCAGACUGGAGACUCUCAGUCUGAUUCAAUGCAGUUUGUCAGAGAUCAGCUGGUCUGCUCUGGCCUCAGCUCUGAAGUCCAACAUCCAUCUGAGAGAUCUGGACCUGGGUUACUACGUUCUGCAGGAUUCAGGAGAGAAGCUGCUGAGAGAUCUUCUGGAGAGCCCAGACUGCAGACUGGAGACUCUCAGGUCAGUAAGGGGUCGACUCAGUCUCUGCUGGUUCAGCAGGAUUGUAUUGAACACAGGGAGGUGGAUGUGUUCCUCUCACUGGGGAAUCUCUCCAGUUCCACCUUCCAGGCGUAGAUCGGACAUGAGACGAUCAGAUCCACGAUCCAGAAGACCUUUGUUUUAUUAUUAUUUUUCUCACCUCUUCUCUCCAUCAGGUGACUCCGAUGUGGAACAGGAAGUGAAGACAGACACAAAGGCUCCUGAAUCCUUCUCACCUGAACACACACCUGAGUCUUCAUACAGGUUCAGGUGUCCUGGUCCAGGUGAGUUCCAGUGUGCUUCGACUGGCCUGGUGUUCGUCAUGGCUCAGGAGGCGGAGCUUCUGUACAGGACGGUCCCUUGGGAUGAGAGUCUCCUCCAAUCAGCUGGCAAGCAGGCAGCAGGGCCGCUGUUCGACGUGAAGAGUUCUGUUGAAGCUGCCGUCUGCCGGCUCCACCUGCCGCACAGUGAGACAGAGGAUGCGCUGCUCCUGGACGGCCUGUUGUCUGUCGUCCACAUCACUGAUGAAGGCCUGAGCAUCUUGGAGCCGCUGGAGGUCACACGCACUCACGUGGUGGUGAAAGUGCCUCACCUCUCUCUCCUCGGCAUUAUCUUCGAUCCAUUGAAAAGGCUUCUAGGGUGGCCGAUAAAUGGCCAAAUUCUGGUGUUCCUACGACCCCCGGACAGAGUGGACCAAAUACUGGAUGUACAUCUUCUGCAGAACAACGUCCUUGUGGAGGAGGUUGCUGAAAAACAAGAAGGUGCUGUGAACAUCAGACUCUCCUCCAACUGUGAGCUGCACAUUCAUCACAGAUACAGUGUGCACUGUGAACCUGAGGACUGUGAUAUGGUGUAUAUCACACACCCUGAGAGUAAAAAAUUUGAAUCCAGGUUUGGACCAAACUACCAUCCGACAUUUCUAGUUUACCUGACGACGAGCACAGAGAAAGUGGUGUUGAAGGUCAAGGACCAAGGUGGAAAAGUCGUCUGGUAUUGUCCCGUAUCACUGGAAGGUCCAAGGCGGCAAUUACCCCAGAGAAAUGUCCCAGCAGAGAGCAGAGUCCCAGCAGACAGCAGCGUCCCAGCAGACAGCAGCGUCCCAGCAGAGAGCAGCGUCCCAACAGAGAGCAGAGUCCCAGCAGAGAGCAGAGUCCCAGCAGAGAGCAGAGUCCCAGCAGAGAGCAGAGUCCCAGCAGAGAGCAGAGUCCCAGCAGAGAGCAGCGUCCCAGCAGAGAGCAGAGUCCCAGCAGAGAGCAGAGUCCCAGCAGACCAGAGGCUGCGCUCAGUUCGGACAGAGUUCAAAGAAAGAGUGUCUCCACCUGUCCUGAAGGACCUUCUGGAUAAACUCCUUGAGUCUGGAGUUAUCAGUGAAUCUGAAAUGGAGUCGGCCAGAACCAAAUCCCGAAAUGACGGCGCACUUGAGGUGCUGGACGUGGUGCGAAAAAAAGGAGCUGCAGCCAGCAGGGUUCUGAUCAACGCUCUCCGUGAGCUGGACCUGUAUCUUUACAGAGAGCUCAACUUGAGCUGAGGCAAAACCUUGUGGAGUGUGUGUGUGACAGUUGAAGUCUAGUCCUCUGUUUUGUUACCUGUACAUUUUCCCCCUUGUCCUUGAAGGUAACACAGAUUCUGAGCGAAGGCCACUUUCCUUCUCUCUUUUCUCCUGGACUCCCUCCUGAGAGCAAGUACAUGUUUGGUCUUGGUCUUAAGUUGUUUAUGUUUGCACCACAAUACACCAGAGCUAAUCCCUCUGUGGCCGUAUCUCAUUUCUGAGAUUCCCCCUCCUCGACUCCUCGGUCCUCCGGUAGUGACCCGGAAAUGAAUUUCAGCGCGCCAUGUUGAAGGACAUCU